GAGUGCCAGCAGCUUCAGAGAAGUAGCAUGUCUUCAACUUCACAGGCGACAACAUCAAUGGGACCUCGCCGGCUUUUGCACCUCUCUGGAAGCACUGAUGCUCCCCAAGUGCGACUGGAGCACAACUCGGGGCGUGGUCCUCUGCUUGAAUACGCGGCACUGAGUUACUGCUGGGGCGGAGACCAAGCCGUCAAGUUAAAGGACGAGCUGGUGGACUCGUGGACGACGAAGGGCAUCGCGUACGAGCAUUUCCCCAAAACGAUUCAAGAUGCCAUUUGGAUGACCCUGGCCCUGGGCUUGGAGUACCUCUGGGUGGACGCAUUGUGCAUCAUACAGGAUUCCGACCGGGACAAGGCGGAGCAGAUCUCGCGCAUGGCGGAGAUUUACGAGCAGGCCUACGUGACGAUCUCUGCGGCGCGAGCGACGGCCGCUCCCGAGGGCUUUCUUCACAGCCGGUACAUGGCUGGGGAGCAAGGGUUUCGCAUGCCGUUCACCUGCGCGGACGGCCAGAUGAGCGCCGUGGUGCUGUGGCAGGGCAGGGAGCCGGACGCGUGGGAGCCCAUCGACACGCGGAGCUGGUGUCUGCAGGAGUCGAUCCUGUCGCCGCGGGUGCUCGAGUUUGGGACGCACAACGUUCGCUUGCGCUGUGCGCGGAGCCGCGCGGACGAGGCUCAGCUGCGAUGCGACGGCUGGGUUGGGCGGUCCAAGACGUUUGCGCAGCUGAGCAUGACGCAGCCGCUCGUGUCGAGCAUCGACUGGGCGAGCCUCGCGGAGCCGUACAGGUUCGCCGAGGCGUGGCGGAUGCUGGUGUCGCAUUACACGCGCCGCGGGCUGGGCUGGUACCAGGACAAGCUGCUGGCGAUAUCGGCAAUUGCGCGCAAGAUGAGCCGGAUGGCGGACAGCAGCAGCAACAACAACAACAAGAAGAAGCGGUACAUUGCGGGCCUGUGGGCGGAGCAUCUCGGGGAGAUGUUGUUGUGGCAUCCGAACUAUGGGCCGGACGCGAAGGAGAGGCGGCAUGCGACGUAUGUUGCGCCGUCGUGGUCGUGGGGGGCGUGCAGCGGGGAGAUU